GUAAUUUAUCAAAAUUUCUCCUCGUCGGAAUAAAUUAAAGUUUAAUCCAUUUUUUCCCCACGAUAGCCAUUUAAUUUCGUCCACUUGCUUCCACCUUCACUUUCCUUUAAUUUAAUCUGUAAAUUUUCCAUAUUUAAUUGCUAUUUUUUUUUUGUAUUUUACUCAUUAUUUUUUAUUGUUUUUUGUUAAUUUUUUUGUAUAAAAAUUUUGCGGAUCCAUCUCGACGGAGGGUGAUUGGACUUUCAGUGCUUCCGUAGAUGGAAGAGAAUGGCGGAGUGAUUUUUCCGGCGGCAGAGCAGGCAGCGGCUAUGGCUUCGACGACGAAGACGGCGACGGUGACGGAGAGGACCGAUGAGAAGGUCAGUGAGACAGCUGAGGCUACGAAAGGUGUGAUAGAGAGGAUCGAUGAGAAGGUUAGUGAGGCAAUGAAGACGGUGGUGGAGGAUACGGUGGACUGUAAAGCCGAAGCAGCGGUGGUGGAGAGGAUCGCAGCUGCUGUAGCGGGGGAAGAGCCUUCUGGCCAGGGCGACGGAGAUGCGGCCUCAGCAGAGGUGGUGGCCGGGAUGACGGCUACGGUGGCGGCUACGGCUGCAACGACGGGAGCGGCGGUCCUUGGAGGGAGCAAGAAAAAGAGGGGUAGGCCAAGGAAGUAUGCGCCUGACGGGAGCUUGGCGCGGCCGCUGAAUCAUAAGCAUCCUAAGCCGCUUUUGGCGCCGGCGCCGGUGGAGGAGUACACUCCGGCCACGGCAGUAGUUGCUGUGAUGAAGUUCGGUAGAGGGCGGUCAGUCGAGGAGUACACUCCGGCACAGUACUCUUUCCAAUUAGAGUCGGCAGGCUCUCUAUACGGAAAAAUGAUGGCUUGUUCUAAUGGUGCAAAUUUCACAUCUCACAUUCUUACCAUUGAUUCUGGCGAGGAUAUAACCAUGAAGAUCAUAUGCUUUUCGCAGCAGGGGCCAAGAGCUAUUUGUAUUUUAUCUGCCAAUGGAAUUAUAUCAAAUGUGACCCUCCGCCAACCUGCUUCGUUUGGUGGUACUAUGACCUACGAGGGGCACUUUCAAUUGCUUUCAUUAUCGGGCUCAUUCAUUCCGAGUGAAACAGGAGGGAGAAGAAGUAGAUCGGGCGGAAUGAGUGUUUCUUUGGCAAGACCAGACGGUCAAGUAAUUGGUGGAGGGGUCGCUGGUUUGCUCAUAGCUGCUAGUCCUGUUCAGGUUGUGCUAGGAAGCUUCUUGCCAAGCUAUGAAUUGGAGCAGGAGGUCAGGAAGGCAAAACUGGAGACUGCAUUAGUACCUUUGCCUGUGCUGCCCGUUCCGAAUUGUGGCACCAAGGUGGAAGUGGCUUUGUGCAAUUUGCAAACCCAACGCAGUCCAACGAUCUCGAAACCAAACCUUACAACCUCCUCCUUCAGGAUCCGAAACUGGUCUGCUCCCAUACCGUCUGCUCCCUUACCAGAUGUACCCAACACAAGGAGCUCUGUAUUAGCUUAAAGUUAUUGGCAAAAGUUUAGAAAUUUUAUCAUGUUGAUCAUUUGUAGAAGACUGACUAAGUUCCAUCCAAUGCAAUCUCUCCUUAUCCUCGCAAA